UUUUGACAGUUGUUCAGUCACUUUGACGUCUCACCGGUUAUAACUCGUUGCCGUCGCUCAGUCUUUGACUAUGUGACUUCUGAGAACAUGACAGCUCGGUAGAAGGUCUUCCAGGUGUUAUGAACAACUAUGAGGUCAUCGGUCAGAUUGGAGAGGGUGCGUUUGGGAAAGCCUUCCUGGUUCAGGACAGAGGGGGGGGUGGAGACAGACGGUGUGUGGUCAAAGAGAUCAACCUCAGAAAGAUGUCGGCGAGGGAAAAGGAAGCGUCCAAAAAAGAAGUGACGCUGCUGUCGAAGAUGAGACACCCGAACAUCGUCUCCUUCAUCAGAUCUUUUCAUGAGAGGAGCAGCCUGUAUAUAGUGAUGGAGUACUGUGACGGAGGAGAUCUGAUGAAGAAGAUCAGCAUGCAGAGAGGAGUCUUCUUCACCGAGGAACAGGUCGUGGACUGGUUUGUUCAGAUCUGCCUCGGCCUCAAACAUAUCCACGACAGGAAGAUCCUCCACAGAGACAUCAAAGCUCAGAAUAUCUUCCUAACCAACGGAGGGAUGAAAGCGAAGCUGGGGGACUUUGGAAUCGCAAGAAUGUUAAAUAACACCAUGGAGCUGGCCAGGACGUGUGUCGGGACGCCGUACUACCUCUCCCCAGAGAUCUGCGAGAGUCGGCCCUACAACAACAAGACGGAUAUCUGGUCUCUGGGCUGUGUCCUGUAUGAAAUCUGCACUCUGAGGCAUCCAUUUGAGGGCAGCAGUCUCCGUCAGCUGGUCAGUAAAAUCUGCAGGGGCCGCUACAGCCCAGCGCCCCGCCGCUACUCCCCCGACCUCCGCCUGCUAAUCACACAGCUCUUUAAGGUUAACCCCCGAGACCGUCCCUCGGUCAGCUCCGUCCUCAGGCGUCCCUUCCUGGAGAAGCACAUCAGCAAACACCUGGACCCACAGAUGAUGCAGGAGGAGUUCAGCCACACGGUGCUGCAUCAAAACAGAGCUGCAGCAGCGUCGUCUCAGGCGGCUAAAACGAGAGCAGGAGCAGCAGAGAAGAGACUGAAGUCCAGGGCAGCAGAGAGACCGGGGGCCGCCGUGAAGAGACUACCUGCAAAACCUGACUGGAGAGUCCCACUCAGAGUCUACACCCCGGCCCACUACAGACCUCUUCAUCAACGAGCCGCAGAGAGAGAAGCCGCAGCGCAGCAGAAAGGAAGGUUUAAUGGACAGCAGCCCGUCGGCCAUUAUCGGCACCUCUACGCCCAGCUGGACGCCUUUCAGAGGAGGAACACGGAGGACAUCCUCCCUCCUCCUCCUCCUCCUCUUCCUCCUCUUCAGGAGAGAGAGAGGGAGCGAUGUGAAGAGCACACGGUGGAACCGUACCAGCUUGUUGCUGCAGCGCGUGAUGAAUACCUGCAGAGGAGACACAAGGCCAACCAGUACAAGCUGAGAGCAGAGAAACAGCUGGGUCUGCGUCCGUGUACGGCUGAGCGCAACAGGAAGCCCAGCGGUCAGGAGCAGGAAGUGGGACAACCUGAACACCAACAUGCACCUCAGGACAGGAGACAGGAGGGACAGCAGGAAUACCUGCGUCAGCUGGACGUUAUCCGACAGCAGUACCACCAGGAGAUGAGACAGAUGAGGCUGAGAGCUGAGGUCCAGCCUCCGCCACAACACAAACAAGGAACCUUUGUGGUGGAGAAACCCAGAGACCCAGAGAGACCUUCUGCAGACAGCGAAGAGCAGCAGAGAGCUCCUCCUGCACAGGUGAAACACUCUCUGCAUACAGCACAGAUCUUUGCUGGGUUAAAUACCACCACCCCCUCCCCUUCCCAGUCCAUCUCUGAACGCUACAGCACAAUCCAUGCUCUGUGA